CAAGGUUUUUCUUUGUGAGGUGACACGUGGAGCGUAUGAUGAUGAUGAUGACGUGAUUUUCGGUUCACCAACUAACCAUGCAGCAGAGUCAACAGUGCAAUUCUGCGUAUCUUUGUUGAUGGAACAGCCUAAAGGGGAUUCUGAAACCAGUUCGGGAUACCAGAUAAUGGUAGAACUAUUCGCUGCUAAGGAUCUUGUUGGUACAAAAUUAAUAGGCAAUCCAGAUCCUUAUGCUGUCAUCACGUGUGGCGAUGACGAAAGCAGAUUCAGUUCCAUAAUCCAUGGUUCAAGAAAUCCAGUGUGGGGGGAGGAUUUCAAUUUUUAUGUUCACGAACUUCCCGUCCAGAUCAAUGUAGCAAUUUAUGAUUGGAAAAUCUGUUCUGUAAGUAUCCCUCUUGGUUCAGUGACUGUUCCAGUUGAAAGUGAAGGUUCAACUCCUGCAUGGUGGCAUACUUUGGGAAGUCCAUCAGGGCAGGUUACUUUUCGAAUAAAAACACAACCUUCUGGAAAUGGUUCGAGGAUAAAUGGUUAUGGAGGAGGCAACCCUCAAACAAGGAUGUCACCCCUGGAAACACACGGGCUCACUGUUGUCCAUAAAAAGUCUGGGCCUCUUCAAACUAUAUUUGGUCUUCAUCCAAACGAGGUUGUUGAUCAUGACCAUACUUGUGCACUAGAGACAUUAUUCUUGUACCAUGGUCAUAUGUAUAUCUCAGCAAGGCACAUUUGUUUCUAUUCCACUGUAUUUAAGGAAAUGAAGGUGGUUAUUCCAUUUGAAGAUAUAGACAUGAUUCAAACUAGUCAACAUGCACUGAUCAAUCCUGCGAUAACAAUUGUUCUUCGCCCGGGAGCUGGUGGACGUGGUGCCCCUCCUUUAAAAAGUCGUGAUGAUGAGAUUAAAAAUAAGCACUACAUUACCACAGAUGAUGAUGGCCUUUGUCAGAAUGUUUUAGCUGCAACAUAUAUGUUUGCAUCGUUUUGCAACAGGGAUCUUGUGCUAAAGGAUCUACAGCGUGCAAAAAAGAAGUUCAAUGAAAUCUUGGAAGUUAAGAAGGAAACUGCAGUGCCAGAGCUGUGUUCACAUAGCGGUUCUGUCAGAGGAAGUAAGAUACUGGAUAAGGCUCCUGUGGUAAGGCAUGCCAAAAGCCAGAAAGCUUCAACCUAUCAUCCAAUUAAUGAAGUUAUUCCUGGGGUAGCUGAGCUGUUUUCUAACUUGUUCAUUGAUGGUCCAAAUUUCACUGGAAAGAAUAAUUCAGCACGAAAGGACGCUAAUUUUGUGGUGUUUGAGAAAGUGCAACAGGCCACAUGACCCCUGGAUCCUACUCUGAGGUGGGGAAUGCUUUAGAUAUCUUAUCUAGAUAUUUCUCUUUUAAUGUUUGUGUUCCUGUAAGCUCAUUUGAAUCACUGAUUUUUAUUAUUCGUUAGUUUCAUAGGGUCACAUGAUAUGUGCAGUCCAAAAACUCGUAGUUAGGGACGAUAAUUUGGAUGAAUAUGAUAAAUUUUAUAUCUAAAAAUAAUGGAUGAAAUAAAAAAUCUUCCAUGUAAUCUUUCGUUUGUAAGAUAUCAUUUG